UCUUUCCGAAAUCAUAUGACCCAUCAUGGGUUGCUGUAGCUCUAUAUUUUUAAACAAUAUUUAGGUCAUAUAUUUACCUGAGAAAUGGCUGCAGAAACCAUCGCACCUGACUGGGAAUUUGACCGCUUUGACGACAGUUCGCAGAAAAUACACACAGAUGUUCAACUGAAGAACUACGCCAAGUUUCUGGAGGACUACACGUCACAGCUAAGGGGCAUUGAGGAGGCUCUCGAUGACUCCAUUGGAGAUGUUUGGGACGUCACUCUGGACCCCAUUGCCCUGAAACUCCUCCCGCAUGAACAGUCGUCCCUGUUGGAGUUAAUUAAAACAGACAAUAAGGUUCUGAACAAAGUCAUCACAGUGUAUGCCGCACUGUGUAGUGAAGUGAAGACACUCAAGUAUGAGGCAGAAAACAAGUUCUACAAUGGAUUAUUGUACUAUGGAGAAGGAGUAUCAGACUGCAGCGUUGUGGAAGGGGAGUCCCAAAUUCAGAUGGGCAGAUUCAUCUCCUUCUUACAGGAACUGUCCUGCUUUGUGUCAAGAUGUUAUGAAGUGGUGGUCAACAUUGUCCAUCAGCUAGCGGCCCUCUACAACAGCAACAAGGGUGCGGCAAAAAUUAUUGAAUCAUCAGGUGUGCACUUCCAGAUAGUGUAUGAACAUCUUGGUGAUUUGUUGGUGGUUCUACUCACACUUGACGAAAUUAUGGAAAAUCAUGGCACGCUCAAGGAUCACUGGAAGAUGUAUAAAAGGUUAUUGAAGUCUGUUCGCCAUAAUCCUGGGAAAUUUUCAAUUGCUGAAGAGAAACUGAAACCAUUUGAGAAGCUCUUGCUCAAGCUCGAGGGGCAGCUGCUGGAUGGCAUGAUACUGCAGGCAUGUGUGGACCAGAGAUUUGAUGAUCCUGGGGAAGGAGUAGCUGUAGCCAAAAACACCAACUUUGCUGAAGAGUUUGCCUUUAACAUACGGACCAUAUUCUCCAAUGUGGAAUCUAAGAUUGGAGAACCCUCAGAGAUCGACCAGAGAGAUAAAUAUGCAGCUGUUUGUGCUCUUUUUGUGCUUCACUUUCACAUCUUUCGGUGUAUUGACAAAAAGCUCUACAAAGCACUACUGGACGUCUGUAAAAAGGUUCCAGCUGUCACCCUGACUGCUAACAUCAUCUGGUUCCCUGAUGCGUUCCUGCUUGCCAAGGUUCCCGCUGCAGCCAAACAGAUAGACAAGAAGAGUGUUCAGGCCAUCAGAGCACAUCGAGACACCUUCUUGCAGCAAAGAGCUCAGACCCUCACAAAGGACGUUCAGUCCUACUAUGUGUUUGUCACGUCAUGGAUGAUGAAGAUGGAGUCCAUUCUGUGCAAGGAGCAAAAAAGUGACAAGAUGGCUGAAGACCUUAACAGCAGAUGUAAUGUUUUUGUCCAGGGCGUCUUGUAUGCAUACAGCAUCGGCACCAUUAUCAGGACCACCAUGAACAUGUACAUGUCCAUGCAGCGGCCCAUGACCAAGACGUCUGUCAAAGCUCUGUGUCGAUUGCUGGAAUUGUUAAAGGCUGUGGAGCACACGUUUCAUAGACGCUCUAUGGUUGUUGCAGAUUCCGCGUCUCACAUCACUCAGCAGCUGCAGUCACAGGCCCUCAAUGCCAUCUGUGUCGCAAAGAAAAGAGUAAUAUCUGACAAGAAGUACAGUGAGCAGCGUCUGGAUGUGCUGUCCUCAUUGGUGCUGGCUGAAAAUGUCCUUAGCGGACCCAGCACAAAGGAGCGACGCCUUGUUGUCUCUUUGGCACUCUGUGUUGGAACUCAGCUGAAAACAUUCAAAGAUGAGGAGUUGCUUCCACUGCAGCUUGUGUUGAAGAAACUGGACUUGAUAAGUGAGCUGAGUGAGAGGAUCAAGCUUCAGUGUGACUGCAGCUUCCUUUAUUGGCAUCGAGCAGUGUUUCCUAUCUACUUGGAUGAUGUUUAUGACAAUGCAGUGGACGCGGCACGGAUACACUACAUGUUUAGCGCCCUGAGAGACUGUGUGCCCUCCAUGUUGCAAACCAAACACAUGGAGUCAUGUGACCAGCUACUGGAGAACUACGACAAGCAGAUCAUGGAUGUUUUCAAUGAGCACCUGCUGGACAAGCUGUGUAAGGAGAUAGAGAAGGACUUGCGUCUCUCUGUUCACACGCACCUGAAGCUGGACGACAGGAACCCUUUCAAAGUCGGCAUGAAGGACUUGGCUCACUUCUUCUCCCUCAAACCCAUCAGAUUCUUCAACCGCUUUAUUCAUAUCAAAGCCUACGUGACGCACUACCUGGAUAAAACAUUCUACAACCUAACAACCGUGGCGCUUCAUGACUGGGCCACUUACAGCGAGAUGAGAAACCUCGCCACGCAGCGUUACGGCCUGACGAUGACCGAAGCACACCUGCCGAGCCAGACACUUGAGCAGGGUUUGGAUGUGUUGGAGAUCAUGAGGAACAUCCAUGUUUUUGUCUCACGCUACCUCUACAACCUCAACAACCAGAUCUUCAUCGAGAAAGCAAGUAACAACAAGCACUUGAACACCAUCAACAUCCGACACAUCGCCAACUCCAUCCGCACCCACGGCACGGGCAUUAUGAACACCACGGUGAACUUCACCUACCAGUUCCUGCGUAAGAAGUUUUACAUCUUUAGCCAAUUCAUGUACGACGAGCACAUCAAAUCCAGACUCAUCAAGGACAUCCGCUUCUUCCGAGAAACAAAAGACCAGUCCGACCAAAAGUAUCCUUUCGAGCGUGCUGAAAAGUUCAAUCGAGGCAUCAGGAAGCUGGGCAUCACUCCUGAUGGACAGAGUUACCUGGACCAGUUCAGACAGCUCAUCAGUCAGAUCGGCAAUGCCAUGGGUUACGUGCGCAUGAUCCGCUCCGGAGGACUCCACUGCUGCAGCAGCGCCAUUAGGUUUGUCCCGGACUUGGAGGAUAUUGUCAACUUUGAGGAGCUGGUAAAAGAGGAGGCGCUGUCAGAGGAAACACAGAAAGCCGCUGGGGUGCUGGAUUCAGUGCUGGAAGAUCUGACAAGCAACUCUGCGGAGGGGACCGAAUAUUUCAAGAUGCUUGUCGCAGUGUUUGCACCUGAGUUUCGAAGUGCAAAGAAUAUGCACCUGAGGAACUUCUACAUGAUUGUGCCUCCGCUGACAGUGAAUUUCGUGGAACAUUCCAUCAGCUGCAAAGAGAAACUGAACAAGAAGAACAAGACCGGCGCUGCUUUCACAGACGAUGGAUUUGCUAUGGGCGUGGCAUACAUUCUGAAGCUGCUGGACCAAUACCUUGAGUUUGACUCCCUGCACUGGUUUCAGUCAGUCCGAGAUAAGUACAAGAAGGAGAUGAAUGCCGUGGUGAAGGAGCAGCACGUCAACUCUGCCAGCCAGGAUCAAAAGUUGCUGCAAACAAUGAACCUCACUCAGAAAAGACUGGAUCUCUACCUUCAGGAGUUCGAGCUGCUUCACUUCUCCUUAAGCAGCGCUCGGAUUUUCUUCAGAGCCGACAAGACCGCAGCCGAGGAAACUCAGGAAAAGAAAGAUAAAGAAGACGCAUCUAAACCUGGAGGUCCUCCUGACGGCUCCAAUCCUGCAGAUUCUGCAUCAAAAUGACCCUCAGCAGCAGACAAGCUUAGGCUAAUACAGGAGCUGCGACACGUCCGACUGCAAACUGGACUAAAGAACCGGAGGAUGGACACAUUUAGUCUAUUGCGUUUUUUAUUUCCAGUACGAAAGAGAUUAUGUGAUUUUUUUUAUCAUUGAAUGUGUACUCAUUAACACACUAAGUGUUGAGAGGAUGAUGUGAUGAACAUCUCUCAGUUUGUACCUGAAGCACAAAAGAGUGAACCAAACAUGUAUGGUAAUGAGCUCAAAAUGGGGCAGCCUUCUGAAACAUAAACAAGUACACUGGAACCUCGGUUAGCAUCAUUAAUUUGUUCCAGAAGGUCUGACUGAAAUCAAAACGGACACCAACCACGUCCAUUUUUAGAAAUCAUGUAAAUCCAGUGAAUCCGUUCCAGAAAGCCAAAAGUGCUAACACAAAGCACAUUUUGAAAGUUAUAGCAAAAAAACAAUUAAAAAUGCAUAUAUAUAUAUAUAUAUAAAUGAUGAAUGAAAUUAAGGUUACUUUUACCUUCAUUAAAGACGUGAUUCUUGAUGUGAGUGUUCCCAAAGACACGAUGUGGCACCACACGGACACCACCUUCCUGUUUUGCCGUGAGUUAUUUCUUGAAUUCAAUCACGGUUCAAAAAUUGCUCCCUCACUCUAUCAUGGUUUUUAAUGUAAAUUAAUCUUGCGUUCGAAUGAGGAGGACAGUUGGAGUACUGCGGCAAUACAGCCAUGGAAAAAAUCAUUAGACCACCCUAGUUUCUUCAGGUACAUUUGUUUGAACCAAUAUAACAAUGACAACAAAAAUAACUCAUAAGAGUUGAAUUUCGUGGCAGUACAAUGCUAUAGCUAUUCAUGUAAGAACUUAAGUGAUUUUGGUUAUUAUCAAGAAAACCAUGGAAGUUGCUAAAUUAAAUGAGCUACAUUUAUUGUCAUCAUCAUAUUGGUCCAAACAAAUGUGCCUUUAGUGGUACCAGACAUUAAAAUGGAUCAAUAAACUGAAGAAACAAGGGUGGUCUAAUAUUUUUUUCUAUGACUGUAUGUUUUAACAAGGAUGCAAAAAUUCUCCAGUACAGUGGAAGGGCGCCAGGAUGAAAAGGCACAUUCACAUGAGUGAAAUACGCGUGAGUGACUAUAAUUUCUUGUAUCUGACCUGGAGGGUGAUCGUUACAAUUCGAACGAAGGCUUGAACUUUUUUGAGAAAAUGUUAUUGCCUGUCUGAGAAAAGUGUAUGGUGAGGGGUUUUACAGUCUUAAAACGUACAUAAUAAUUGCGAAUUUCACCUAUUGCGGGGUUUUUUGGGAACCUAUCCAUCACGAUAAAUGAGGGAACACUGUACUUACAAAGUCAUGAACAGGGUUUUCUAUGCUCUCACUAUGAAAAUAUUCAGUUUAUUAAUAUUGAAUCCUACUUUGCUGAAAUGAGCAAUUAGUCGCGACUGCCCAAAAUGGAUCCCAGGAAAGUUUGAAAUGCCAGCAUUUUGAUAAAUGAGAUGGAAAACAUUAUUAAACUGAAAUAACUCAUGACAAAACAAGAAGAUGGUGUCCGUGGUGUCUCGCUGCCACAUGGUGUUUACACUACACACCAGCAUCAAGACUCACGUCUUCAAUGAAGUAAAAAAACCCCAUAAAUGUUCAUUUAUUUCUUUCAUUUGCCAUUUACUUGUAUUUACAAUUGAUUAAUGCAUAUAAAAUUACAAAAACGUGUUUUGUGAUAACAUUUUGGAGAGUCAACCGUCGAUUUUGUAACUUAGCAAGCUGGCUUCUUUGUUAGAAGCUAAGGAUGUUUUGCGAUUUAAAAAAUACAUUAAGAACUCAGAAAUAACACAAGACGUGCGCCGUAUUGUAGCCUAACCUGAGAAGGCAAACAAAACGAGGCAAAAUUGUGGCGUCAAUUUUCAGUGUCACAUUGAAACCGUUAACCAAGGUUCCGCUGUACUGUAAGUACUACAAAUAGCACGUCUUUGUUGUAAUGUUAUUGUAAUAACAUGAUUGUCCACGGCUUGCUCUGUUUUUUCUUGCUGCCUCACUAUGAAUGUUUUGUUUCCUUUUACCACAAUGUGUAUAAUUGAACGCGUGUGUGCGCCUUUCUAAACUGUAGAUACAUGACUUUAGAUUGCUUGAGUAAUCUGCCUUCAAGACACCCUUUUUCGCAGCACUGAUACAGCAUUACAUUUUAAAACCUUUUGUAAUUUUAUAUCUUAUUGAUAGAAGCGAUAAGCUUGAGGCCGUGUUGCUCAAAAUGACAUUCCAUGGGAUACAAAACGAAUAAAAGUUGCACUGAAAGAAUGAUCUUGAGUGGUGGAGCAAAAAGAACGAAGCAAACUCUUUUGAGAUGACUUUUUUGAUGAAGGAAAGCCUUUUUUCUGCUUUAAUACAAAGAUGAAACCUCGAGAAAUACAAGACAGACUUGCACUGUUUUUCCUCCACAAAUUUUUCCUAUGAAAUUCUGCGUGAGUAAAACUUUUGUCAAAACAUUUUUUUGUUGCUGAGGAUUCGGCGAUUCCUGUAACUUAUUUGGAUAUAAAUGUCCUUGUUGCUUUCACAUAUUCACAUGCUUACCUCAAAAAUGAGGUACAAGGCAGAACAAAGUUUCUUCCAAAAUAGAUGUCAUAUACUGUAUACACAUAUAUAUUUAUAUAUAUUGCAAUCAUAUACAGUAUACACAUUCAAAAUGACAUACUUAGCCAUGUGAUGUCAAAGAAAAUAUACACAAUUUUUAGAAAAUUGUAACAAAGACUGGAAAGUGUUUUUGUUUUACUCUAAAGCAGCUUUGAGGAGGUGUUGAGCCUCUAAGAGGAUUUGUCCAUCUCAGUGGACACCAACGUAGCGCUCAAUGCAAAAGAGACAAAAGGAGAAACAGCAAGAAAUGAGAGAAAAUACAGGUAGUUGGUGCUGGAAUAAAAGGACAGGGAGGAAGUGCAACUUCCAAUGGAAAAAAUAGAAGAAAAAAACAACUUCAGGGAGUGUUGCCGU